AUGAAUAGGAACUGUUGUCGAGGAGCUAAAAUUAAUUGGCUACCAACCAAACCUUCCCCAAGAAGUGGUAAUAGAACUCUGACAUUGUUUUGGGAUGAAUUUAGGUAUGACCAGAGCAAAGAAAUAGUAAAAGAUCUAGAGUACAUCCAAUACCAAAGAAGAAAAGCCAUGGCCAUCCCAUUCAUCAUACAAUGUGAUCUUUGUCUCAAAUGGAGAGUCUUGCCCUCCUCUUCUACUUACCAGGAAAAAGAAUCUCUUGACAUGUGGAUUUGUGCUAAUAAUCCCAACCACUUGGAAAACAGUUGUGAUCAGAUAGAACGCCUGCCUUCUAUCCCACUGGGCACCAUGAACAGAGCAGCAGCAUCAAAAAAUGAGAAAGACAGGCGCCUUCAGGAGUCAGUCCAAAGGUAUCAGAACAGACUGGCAGACCUGCCACCACAGUAUUCUGAGUUGAUAGUGCUUGCUCUCCUCCCUAGCCUGCCUUGUUAUAGGUUCUUCUUUUUAAUUAAGGAAAAUUCCCAAAUUCAGAGAAUCAGGCCUUCAGGUGAUAACUUGACACAGGGGUCUCGUUCAUCUUUUGAGUUUCCCGCUGGCUGCAAUAGCCAAAAAAGAAGCACAGAAGAUGCAGACUCUGAUGUAGAGUUUGUUUCCAUGACUAAAGUUAUGAAGAGGCCUACGAAGAAAAAAGUGAAGGGCCAGCAGCAGAGACGCACGGAAACUCUGCCAGGAGGCCUCAGACUUACUGGCAUGGCCCAGGUCUCUUCUUUAGAAACGGAAAGGAGGCAGAGUGUGCACCUUGUACAGGAAAGCAAGGUGCUGACUGAAGUUGAAACUAGCGAUGAAGACCCAGAUAUAAUCCUGAGUAAAAGCAGCACCAAUGUUUCAUUGAAACAAGAAAAACAGGAAGCUCCUCUUAUAACCAAAGAAAAACAAGAGUUGUACAAUGAUAUCCCAGUAAUGAAGAGAAGCUCUUCAGUACUUAUACAGAAAAGCUUGCCCAGUGUGGAAAUGGAAGAUUUAAGUCCAAGUUCUGGACACAAAGUCAAUUCUGUGAGUGGUGAUUGCCAAGUUCCCUCUUCACUGAUGUCUUCUCAAAGUACAUCCAGUGCAGAAACUGCCAGAAAACUGAUGUCUAAUUUAAGGGAGAUUCUUCUAUACUUUGUUGCUGACUUUCAGCUAUCAUCAGAAUUUAAGUGCACAGCUGUGGAAGAUCUUAUAGCAAGUCCUAAGCUGGAGGGAAGCCCAGAACAAAUAAAUGAAAAACUGAGAGCAUGUUUGAACCAGAUCCAGAAUGUUUACAUGAUCCAAUAUGAGAAAAGGCUGAAGAGGAAAAUUCAGGCCAUUAUCUAUGAGGCAAAUAGAAGAGGAAUACUUAAUGAAGUCUUUCAGGGACAGUGUGAACAAAAGAAAAAAGUGGCCGAGGAUAAACUGAAUAGCCUUCGCACAAAGCUGGUGUUGUUGUUGCAGAAACUUCGGCUGGACUGUCCAGUGGGAGAUCUGGAGCAGACUGAUGCUUACUUAGAAACUUUGCUAAAAGAAGAUAAUCUCCAGACCACUUUAAAUGGAAAGGCUCUAAACACAAGUCAUGCUCUCCCUUUGUAG